AUGAUAACUGUAGAAGAAUUAGAUCAUGCCAUGAAGAUACUCAUCAGUGGCUGUCAAGGCCAUAGUUUUGCACAAGAGUUGCAUAGUCUUCGUGUGCAAUCGCAAUUGCAUUCAAAAAGCAAAAUAAUUGCACUGCAUCCAUUCUUGGAUGAGGAUGGUAUCAUUCGUGUGGGUGGAAGGCUUUGCAAUGCAUCCAUAGAAUAUUCACAGAAAUACCCCAUCAUUUUACCAAACAAACAUCAUCUCACUAAAUUGAUAAUUAGGGAUAUACACUAUAAAAAUCUACAUGCGGGACCACAAACUGUUUUGGCGAUGAUGCGUAACAAUUAUUGGCCAAUUUCGGGCAGAGGGGCAAUACGUCGCGUAUUUCGAUCUUGCAUAGUAUGUUUUCGUUCAAAACCGAUAACUGCAAAGCAAUUAAUGGGCAAUUUGCCGGCAGUACGAGUAACUCAACAGUCGCGGGCGUUUUUAUAUACAGGUGUGGAUUAUGCAGAUAUUUAG